CCUGAUGAGUCCAGCAGCAGAGCGCGCUGAGUAUCUCCGUCUCCGGCUCUCUGCUCAUCGUGCCCGCGGAGGACGCUUCGUUUGCGGGGAUUAAACUGCGCACGGGAUGGCUGGUGGCCGCUGAAUUAAAGGACAUCAUCCACUUAUGGAGAACGAGACGUGGACGCAGCCUUCAUACAUCCCCCAUUAUCUUCUCCGUGGUGACCCUUUCGCUUCCAAACUGUCGUGGGAGGCGGAUAUCAUUGCGGCCUUUUACAUCUGUAUCAUUGGAAUCAUGUCUGCAACCGGCAACGGCUACGUCAUUUAUAUGACCAUCAAACGCAAGUCCAAGCUGAAGCCUCCGGAGCUCAUGACUGUCAAUCUUGCCGUCUUCGACUUUGGGAUAUCAGUGACAGGAAAGCCCUUUUUUGUUGUAUCUAGUUUCGCCCACCGCUGGUUGUUCGGCUGGGAGGGUUGUCGUUUCUACGGCUGGGCGGGAUUCUUCUUCGGUUGCGGGAGUCUCAUCACUAUGACCGUGGUCAGUCUGGACCGUUAUCUGAAGAUCUGUCAUAUCAGAUACGGCACAUGGCUGAAACGCCAGCACGCCUUCCUAUGCCUGGCCUUUGUGUGGAUGUAUGCAGCUUUCUGGGCCACAAUGCCCUUGGUCGGCUGGGGAAACUAUGCCCCGGAGCCCUUCGGGACCUCCUGCACGUUGGACUGGUGGCUGGCACAGGCCUCCGUGUCCGGCCAGAGCUUUGUCGUGGCCAUCCUGUUCUUCUGUCUCGUCCUCCCUGCCGGCAUAAUUGUCUUCUCCUAUGUCAUGAUUAUCUUCAAGGUCAAGUCGUCCACAAAGGAGAUUUCAAACUUUGACGCCCGAAUCAAAAAUAGCCACAACCUUGAGAUAAAACUCACAAAGGUGGCUAUGCUGAUCUGUGCAGGCUUCUUGAUAGCCUGGAUUCCCUAUGCAGUUGUGUCGGUGGUGUCGGCGUUUGGUGAGCCAGACUCGGUGCCCAUCUCUGUGUCUGUUAUUCCCACGCUGCUAGCAAAGUCCUCGGCCAUGUACAACCCCAUCAUCUAUCAGGUGCUGGACCUGAAAAAUUCCUGCAUUAAAUCCUCCUGUUUUAAGGGCUUGAAGAAACAGAAGCAUUUUAAGAAGUCAAGGUUCUACACCAUCUCUGGCUCAUUAAAGGACAAUACAACAGCCAAAGAAGCUCAAAUCGAGAUGUGACAGAAACAGUAGACUGUGUGACCCUCUUGGCUCUCCUACUUGGGACGGUUUUCCUUGUCCGCUCCUCUCUUGUGCCCCACAUUUGCCCAAUCAUCCGCUGUGAAAACAGCAAAUUUUUGUUUCUUGGUGGUUCCUGGUUUCUUGCUGCUUUAUUUGACACCCACUCCGGAACCGUGUGACACAGCUCGUUCACCCCACCCCUCCUUCCUCGGAAACACAUCUUCCCAACUAGUAACUUGUAUUGUCUUUACAGUGGUUGCAACAUACAAGUGACACAGACAACAAUCUCUGUGAAAAUGUUAUGUUUUGAUUUACUACAGCUUUACUCAUUAAAUGGCUCAAUUGAGGUGUGGAAAAGUUUGGUACCAAAGUUCGGUCACAUCUAGAGCUUUACAUUUUCGUGAGUCCAAAUCAUACGAGAAUAUGACAUUUCUGCUAGCAUUAGAAAAAAAUUUCAACAACGCUGUCGUUACGUGUUUCAAACUCAGUCGUAUUUUACUGUUUGUACUGGCUGUUGCUUUUGUACGCCUUUAUCUGGAGGCUUGUAUACCAUUAUCUCAAAAAACACCUGCACACAACGAGACGUUGCAUGAUGCUAAUCAGUGGAACCCACACCUAGAUGUGCACUUUAUUAGCAAGACUGUUCAUUAUGCAUCAACACCAGCUUGUUUUCUGUGAAUUUUUAAAGGGACAACUGUGGUUGGUCCAGGGUUCAUUUUCUUUUAUCUAUUCAUCGUUGGUUUGUUGAGCCAAAAAUAACUGCAUCUUUUUUUCCAUGAAUUGUUAGACAUUACAUGAUCAUACGUUGGAAGAUUGAUACCACACUUGUGUGUCCAAGUAUGACACUAGAGGAAGGCGGAAACCUUUGCAUGAUCAAUUGUCACCGGGGGAAAGACUAGCUGUAUCAAAAGCUAACAAAUAAGAGAAUACAACAAUAUAAAAAAUAUAGUAUAUCUAUCUUGAUUUUUAAAUUCGUUCAGAAGAAAAACAAAUGUUUUAUACAGAGUUGCUUGCUGUAACUAGUAGUUAAUAGGGCCGGGACUCGAUUAAAAAUAUUAAUCUAAUUAAUUAGAGGCUUUGUAAUUAAUUAAUCGAAAUUAAUCGCAUAUAUUAAACAUACAAAUAUAUGACCUGAGAACAGUGAGAAGUCAUUUUUUUCACAUGUAUUUUUAUUUUUAUUCAACCAAUUCCAGUGUAGCAAUAUGGAGGACUAAAAGUGCCACAAUUAAAUAAAUAAA